UUUUUUUUUCGCGUAAAAAUUAGUAAAUCUUUGAGAUAUUAAAACAAGUUAAAAGGAUAAGUAAUUAAUUUAAGACAUAAAUAGCUUGAAAUGAUGUAAAUGAAUGAUUGCGAAAGCAAUUCAUAAAAGGAUAUUUAUUCAUUUUUUAGAGAAGAUGAAUUAGAAAAUUUGAAAGUUUUAAAGAGGGUGACUCCCAUUUUUAGAGUAGAAAAUAUCGAGUUUAUACCAAAUUUGUUUGAGUUCCUCAAUAAUCUUCCUAAUCUUAAGGCAAUUGUAUUCAUAAUAUUAAAAAAUGUAUUUGAUGAUCAAUCAGUUUAGAGUUUAUUUGUAGGUAUAUCCCAAUUAAAUGGAGAUAGAUUAGAUAAUCUAGAAAUUUUAGCAGAAGGCGAAACUCUCAAUUCUAAUCUUCUUUAAUUUACUACCUAAAUGAAUAAAUUUCCUAAUUUAACAUCAUUCAAAAUGAACUUAUUUAACAAUUAGCUAGGAGUUUCAAGCAAUGCUUUAGUAAAUAACUUAUAAAACUUUGCUCAUCUAAAAAAGCUUUUCUUAAAUUUCGGGUUUACAGGACUUAGCUCAGUUGAAAUAAAAUCAUUAGGUAAAGUUUUAAGAAAGCUUUGUUUUUUAGAAAAGCUAACAGUAGUGACAAUAGAUUCAAACUGUUAGGAUAUUGGUUCAUGGUUUUAAUUUUGCUAAGGAAUUGAGUCUUUACAUAAUUUAAGAUCUUUGUUCUUGCUUAUGGACCGUUCAAAUAUUUCGCAUGAAGUAGGUGCUAUGAUAGCUAACUCAUAUAAAGAAUUAGUUUAGCUGAGAAAGCUUAAAUUAUGGUUUAGAUUAAAUGAGAUUAAGACUGACACUGCUCUUCUCUUUGUGAAUGCAUUUUAAAAAUUAGUUAAUUUACAACAAUUAGAUUUAUAACUAGAUCAUAAUUUGAUUUUAGAUAGAUUAGCUUUUAAAAUAGCAAGAUUAAUGAUAGUAUCUUCAUACUAAACAUCAACUAGCUUAUUUAUGGAAGGAGAAGCAGAAGAUAUAGGUGGUACUACUGAAGCCACUUUAGACAAGAUAGAUGAAAUUUUAGAUAAUUUUGGUUAUGAUAUGAGAAAAAAUAUACUUUAAUUAAUCGCUUAUAAAAAAAGAAUUUCUGAUUAAAUACAAAAUUCACCAUGUUUAUAAUAACUCAGUAUACUUUUUUGAAUGAAUAAUUAAUACCUUAAAUAUAUUUAUUUAUAUCUAUGAAUUUUAAGAUUGCUAAUUUUUAUAUUUCUAAGAAAAACAAACGUCUAGAAUUCAGAAAAUACUAAUUAAAAAAUAUUGCCUGCAUAUUUAAAUAUUCAAAUAAUUUUCAUCUUAUAAUUAUGUGAUUUUAAUUUAUCCUGAUUUAAAAUGGUGUUUGUUUGUUUGUUUUUUUAUGUAGCAUUUUUAUUUUAUUUUAUGAAUGUAAGAAUUGAAUAC